UUUAAAUAAUUCUAAAAUGGAGGAGAAGGAGUAUCUUAAUUCCGAGUUGCGUGGAAUUCUGGAACAAUUCGUGAGAAUUCGUGACGCAUACGUCGCGAUGGAAACUUACUGCGACGUGCAAGAAGAAGCAUUGUCGACGGAGAAAGAACGUUGUGAGAAGUUGAAAGAGAAUUUAGAGAAGCUUUCGAAAACUUAUUUGCUCCUCGAAAAGAGAUAUAAGACCACUGUUGAGAAAUUGCAGAACGAAGGGAACGAUCUUCGUAAAAUGAUCGAGGAAUUGAAAGAAGAUUGUGACGAUCUGCGUCUCAUUAAUGCAGAACGUACUGCAAACGAUGAGCAAACGCGCGAAUUGCAAGACGAAGUGGAAUGUUUAAAAGUGCAGUUAUUAAUGCAAGAAGAGAAACAUAAUGAGGAUAUUGCAUUACUCAAACAACAACACACGGAUGAAAUACAGAGAUACAAAAUGUUGCUGCAAAACGCCAAAUUGGCCUCUACUUCCAAUGAACCUAAAAAAAGAGGACGGCCCAAAAAUUCGGGAAAAAAUAAAAAAGAUACCUCGUACUUUAGUAAAUUAAACUAA